ACGACCCGGCCGCCUCCGCCUCUCAAAUACAUUCGCGCCUUCCUCACCGAACCCAACGCAGAAGUUUUAGUGCAUCCCUCGCAAUUCUGCCCUUUUCGACGUUCAGCCGAGCAUUUGAGUGUUGUUGCGACAUCACACACAGUCCAGGCACAAACCCCUCCUUUGGGUCUUGCUGUUGGAGACCCUGUUGCCUCGCUUUUUCAGCCGUUCGAUACCGCCACACUACCCAGCUAUACUACCUCCCUAAAGUCGCUUCUGGUUACGCCAAAUACAUUCCGCCAUGGCCCUACCAAAGAGAAUUGUUAAAGAGACUGAGAGGCUGAUGGCCGAACCAGUUCCUGGAAUCAGCGCCGUUCCACACGAAGACAACCUCCGGUAUUUCGAUGUCGAAAUCCAUGGCCCCUCGUCGUCACCGUACGAAGGCGGCGUCUUCAAACUCGAGCUGUUUCUUCCCGAUGACUACCCUAUGGCGCCCCCAAAAAUUCGCUUUCUGACCAAGAUCUUCCACCCCAAUGUCGACAAGCUGGGCCGCAUCUGCCUCGACGUUCUCAAGAAUAACUGGUCACCUGCGCUACAGAUCCGGACCAUCCUGCUGUCCAUCCAAGCGCUCCUCGGCGCCCCCAACCCGGAUGAUCCGCUUGCUGCCGAUGUUGCCAAGAGUUGGAAGGAGGACGAACAGGCAGCCAUUGCCACCGCAAGGGCUUGGACACAGCAAUACGCCGUCCCGAAAUAGUCGUCUCGCGGCUCGAUUUUCCAAUGCAAGAAACCAAGCGGUGUUGCAAUGACUGUUGGUAGUUCAAGAACAUUCAAUGGAGUUCAGGAUGGGGGGCUGUAGUCCGGGAUUUUGGUUGGAGUUAGUGGAAUCGGGUCUGCAGAAGGCCGACUUUGGAACACGCUACUUUCGUAGCAAAUGAAGGGUUCAUGAGAUAGAG